AUGCCGCCAACAACAUCCCCGGCCGUCGUCAAGGCCAGUCCGCUCAUCAACGAGGGCGGCCUCGUCCACCGCAGCCGCGCACGAGGUCUCCUCAACGCAGACAACCUCCCUGCACUCCAGAACCUGCUCAAGCGUCAGCCAGAAGCAUACGUCGAGGAGUUCUCCGCACAAUGGAACCACUACCAGUCGCUCCGCAGCAUCUUUGCCUCCGACCUCGACGCCGGCCUCGCCAUCGCUUCCGCAGGCAUCCGCAUCAACAAGGACCAGGCGAGCAAGUUUGUCUCGCUCAUCUCGUUUGUCACCCAGCUCGCGCCCUCGUAUCCAGAGAUCACGCGUGAUCUGCCAGACCACCUCUCCGACUUGCUCCUCAACCACCACGCCGCACUCAGCCCCGACAUCCGCGCAAGCUGCCUCCGAAGCUUGAUCCUCCUCCGCAACCGCGACGUCAUCACCUCCGAGCAGCUCCUCCAGACCCUCUUCCCGCUCCUCAGCGUCACAACCUCGGCCGCCGUCAGGACGUCGGUACAGGCGACCAUCCUGCAGGACAUCAAAAACGCAAACGCAAAGUCCAAGAACCACCGACUCAACCGUGUCGUCCAGGGCCUUCUCUUUGGCAUCGUCCAGAAGGGCAUCGAUGCCUCCUCCGGUGCUUCCGCCCUGCCUCCUCCCAAAAAGGGUCAGUCGGCAGGCAAGACCGAGGCGCUCUGGGCAGUCCGUCUGGCCGCCAACCUGUGGAAGAAGCAGAUCUGGACCGACAGCAAGACUGUCUCCCUGCUGGCGCUCGGCUGCUUCCAUCCGCAUCCGCGCGUCCAGUCGUCCGCCGUGCGCUUCUUCCUCGGCGACCUCCACUCGGCCGAAGACGAUGCCGAACAGUCUGGCUCAGACGACGACGAGGGGCCGGACGUCGAUGCGCUCUUGCAUGCGCGCAAGGUCAACAAAAAGACGCGCUCCGGCGACAAGAAGAUGCGCGCCGCUGCCGCCGUCGCCAAGAAGAAGCGAAAGGCCAAGGCGGAAAACGCGUUGAACGGCGGCGACAAGGAUACGGGCAACUUUGCCGCGCUCUACCUGCUCAACGACGCGCAGAACUUUGGCGAGAAGCUGUUCGACAACCUCAGCCGCGGCGACCGCGAGAAGCGCCACACGAUCGAAAUCAAGAUCCGCCUCAUGCAGCUGCUCAGCCGCGUCAUGGGCGCACACAAGCUCUGCGUGCUCAGCUUCUACUCGUACGUCGUCAAGUACCUCGCUCCGCACCAGCAGCACAUCACCCACAUCCUCGUCUCGCUCGCACAGAGCGUGCACGACCAGACGCCACCCGACGUCAUCACCCCCGUCGUGCGCAAGCUCUCCGACGCAUUCGUGCAUCCCGGCGUCAGCUCCGAGGUCGUCGCGGCAGGCAUCAACAGUAUCCGCGAGAUCUGCAAGCGCCAGCCGUGGGCCAUGGACGAGACGCUGCUCGAGGACCUCAUCAGCUACCGCAAGAGCAAGGACAAGGGUGUCUGUGCCGCCUCGCGCGGUCUGCUCGCUCUCUACCGCGAGGUGAACCCGGCCAUGCUCAAGAAGAAGGAGCGCGGAAAGAUGGGUGCGCUUGCCGUCCAAGAGGGUCGUGCAGCUGCGCCGUUCGGUGUGGACCAAGACGAGGUGCACGGAAUCCAGGGCAUCGAUCUGCUCGAGAAGCAUCUGGAGGAAGAGCAGCGCAAGGGUGGUGAAGAGGAGGGUGAGGAUGCCGACGACAAGGGCUGGGAGGGUUGGGAGGAGGAGUCGGACUCGGACGAUUCGGAUGCCGAGUCGGAAGGUGGCUGGAUCAACGUCUCGAGUGACGAUGAAGACGGUGUCUUGCGUUUGUCCGACUCGGACUCGGAUGAUGACGACGAGACGCGCAAGCGCAAGCGCACGGUCAAGGAACGUCUCAUCGCCGCGCGCGAGUCGCGUCAAAAGAAGCGCGCCAAGCUCGAACGCCACACCGCCCGCCAGGCUCGUCGAGACGCUGGCGAAGACGUGGCGACCUCCGACUCUGAAUCCGAAGCCGAAGCUGCUGAUUCCGACGCUGAAGACGACACCACUGGCGCUUCCGAGCUCAAGCAGCAACUAGCUGCCGAAGAGCAGCACAUUUCCAAACUGGCUACCACCAAGAUCCUCACCCCCGCGGACUUUGCCAAGCUGACUGAACUGCGCAUUGCAGCUGCGGAAGAAGCGAUUGCCCAGGGCGGUCUGGCGGGCAACCGUGCCAAGCGUCAACUCGAAGAACUCAAGUCCCUCAAACGCACCACCUCUUUGGCUGGAAACUUUGUCGACGAAGGCGAUAUCCUUGGCCCAAGGAAGAAGGCAAAGGCAACGUAUGAGGACCGUAUGGCUUCCAUCGAAAAGGGCCGAGAAGACCGCGAAAAGUACGGCUCGAAAAAGGGAAAGAAGAACAAGGAAAAGGAAUCCUCCUCCACCAACCGCGAAAAGCAAAAGACCAAGAACUUCCAAAUGAUCGCCAGGUCCUGGUCCGUCCGCUCAAAGAAGAACGCAAGUCUCAGGGAGAAGAGUCGCCGUCUCCGAAAGCACGUCGAAACUUCCAAAAAGCGUCUCAAGUAG